AUGAGCAAAGCAUUUCUCAGUUCUUGUUUGUCGUGAAUAAUAAACUGGAGGUAGCGCUGACAACUUCUUCCAUUUGUCCAUCCACCUCUACAGCUUAAGAUCCAGAAUGAACACCACAAUCAGCUAUUUUGAUAGCAGCAAUAGCAGUUAUACUACAACAUCAUUCUAUGAUGCCAGCACAACCUAUGACUACGGCGAAUACUAUGUGCCCGGGGACUAUGGAAUAUGUGACUAUGGCGAACAUGGUGCCCGUUUCCUCCCAGUCCUCUACUCCAUUUUCUUUCUCCUGGGCCUUCUGGGUAACUCCCUGGUCAUCUGGGUCAUCGUUUGUGGGGUACGACUCCGCAGCAUGACUGACGUGUGCCUUUUGAACCUGGCCUUCGCUGACCUUCUCUUGGUUUGUUCCCUUCCCUUCCUGGCCCACCAAGCGCGGGACCAGUGGGUGUUUGGGGAUGCUAUGUGCAAGAUGGUCCUGGGCGUUUAUCACAUUGUCUUCUACUGUGGGAUCUUUUUCAUCAGUCUCAUGAGCAUCGACCGGUACCUGGCUAUAGUGCACGCUGUUUACGCCUUGAGGGCCCGCACUAGGACCUUUGGAAUGGUUGCAGCUGCUAUUACAUGGGUGGCUGGAUUUUUGGCCUCUUUUCCUGACCUGCUUUUUCUCAAGCAGCAGACUAUGAGUAACAUGUCUCAGUACUGCUUUCCUGAAUAUCCGAAAUCCGAAAUGACUACUUCCGACAAUCACUUCUGGAGAAUCUUCAGCCUUUUUAAAAUGAACAUUCUGGGCUUAUUUGUCCCGUUUCUCAUCAUGGGCUUCUGCUACUCACAGAUCGUCUGGAGGCUGCUGUACAGCCAGUCACGCAGGAAGCAGGCCAUCCGUUUAGUUCUCGUGGUGGUAGCUGUUUUCUUCUGCUGCUGGAUUCCCUACAACAUUACAUCGUUCUUCAAAGCUCUGGAGCUACUGGGCAUCUACUCAGGAUGCGAAAGCAGCAAAGCCAUCACACUGGCUUUGCAAAUCACAGAAGCCAUUGCCUACUCUCACAGCUGCCUCAAUCCCAUCCUGUAUGUGUUUGUUGGGGAGAAGUUCAGGAAACAGCUGCUGAGGUUGGUGAACAGAGCUCCAUGCACACUGUGCCAGAUAAUCAAGGUCCACAUACCACAGGACAGAAGCUUUGCAUCAGUCUACUCCCAAACCAGCAGUGUGGACGAGAGGAGCACCGCUGUGUAAACUGGGACUCUGAGGUGUCGCUUUGGUUCUGUGUUUUCCUUUUAUUUACGACUUAAAGAGGCAAUUCUAGCUAAUUCUCACUUCUUACAGGCUAUUUUAGGAGUAAGAUUUAGCUUUAGGUUAAUGAUGGUGUAAGAUUUAUGUUUUUGCACGAAGUUAAGAGAAUGUGACUUAAGUACAUGUACAUAUUUAAUAUGCCUUAUUGCUUACAAUAUUCCUUUGCUUGAUCAAUAUAUUUUUCUACUAUAUACUUAAUUGUGCACUUCACAUUGUAUAAGAUUAAUGUAACUGCACUGUAAAUAUGAUUUAGAGUACUCAGUAUUACUUGUAUAACUGACAAGAAGACAGAUUGUCUGUGCACCUGCAGCAAUGAUGGGGCACAAAUUGUUUUGAAUUCUAUUUUGUUUUCCUUUUUAAAAUCACACAAUGCUGGCUGAAAGCUAGUGUGAAACUGUGUCAGCUGCAACAGGUGUUAACACCAGCAGCUUCAGCAACCUCAUUUUGUCAUCAGCUGUGAAAAGAAACAAGCCAGAGUCAUGUUGAGGUACCAGCUAUUUCCUUGUCUUCAAGUGGUGUAAACACCGCUAUAAAAGAAAAACAAAAAUUAAGUUUUAUUUCAAUGCGAUGGCCACUUUCACACUUGCAACCAUUUUGUGUGCAACAGUCGCUUGCACAGCAAAAAGUGCAGCAGGCAGCAUUAGCGCUACAAGUUUCAUUGCAUGUUUAGCAGACAAUUUGCACUUUACCUCAGCAAACCACAAUCUGAAAGGGGAAGUAUGUAACCAGGUAGUCAAUUUACCCUUUGCAGUCUCUGUGCACAUCCGAGUAGAGACACUGUAGAAUGAAUUUACUAUUUUUGCAAUAUUUCUUCAGAAAUUAAUCAGCAUCACACAAAAUAGGUCAUUUAAAAAAAAAAACUACUUCCUAUAGGUUUCAAAGAAAAGAGGAAGACAUAAAUUAAGCAAUAUGCUUCAGAUUAGAAAUGCAGACAGCCUGGAUCUAAUGUUUUAUUAUUAUAGUCUUAUAAAAACAACCUAAGUCACUACCAUGAUCAAAACAAGGCCAACACUUUGAAGAGUUAAGACCCGUGUAGACCAGACAGCUGCGAGUCACGCGCUGCAUGACGCACUUAGAAAAAAAGUGGAGCAUGUAAACCAGUUCACUGCGCCACUGAAACUAGUGCCCUAAAACAGUAUUACAUAAUUACCUUAUAUUCAGUUGAAUUUUUCAGAACAGUGUGUAGUAGUCAAGAAAGAAUGAGUCAUUUCAUAUAAUCCCCACAUCCCCUUCUGCAGCGCUGCAUCCCCUGUCUAUCAAAUACAGACAACAUGUGAACAUUUUCAAAAUAUCCUGUAAAAAAAAAAAAAAAGAAGAAGAGUCACUGACAUUCUGCAACUGCUUCCACACAACGAGGACAAGCUACAUUGACAAGUACACUGACUUUAAAAUCUGUGGCCGCAAAUGAAUAGUUCUAGGUACCUAAUGGCUGUAGGCAACUUGUUUUCUAGGCACCAUUUUCAUCUGCUGAAUCAUGUGUGGAAUUUUCAGCAAUUAUAUCAGGGUGUUUUUAAUGUUUUUUAAAAUAUAUUUUUAAAUGCUUUUAUGUAUUUUAUUUCAUUGUAUUAUGUUCUAAGCAUACCAACUGCCUUUAUGCAUCUUAUUGCCAUUUUCAAUAAACGUGGUCAUUAUAUUAAGG